AAACUUGCAUGAUUCUAAUCUAAUACGCAAUAAUGAAUUAUCUCCUUCUCCCAACAAUUAUCGAACUAAUUCAAUAUCAACUAGUCAAAGCACUAGAUUAAAAAUUAAUCCUUUAAAUUAUAAUGCGCUUAAUGAAGGUACUAUAGACUAUUCAUCGUCUACGGGUUCAAAAGAGCCGGAUACUUUGAAUUCCUACUUUUAA